AUGAUCGUCACAAAAUUCGACUCCCAAAAUUUAGACAACGAACUUCACAACACCUUAUGGUCCAUGGUCCAAAAACAUUCCCCUAUAGCACAUUCAUUGAAUUUUAAAAAAGCUCUUUUCGAUACCUUAAUUUUCUAUUUCUCCACAUCAACACAACCAGGAAGCCAUACAUCCACAUACGGUUCUUCAUUGACAGGGAUCGAUUUCGAAACCACAAAAUCUCGCCUAUUCUUGGCAAACAUUAUUAUACCAUAUUUGCUGCGUGAAAUACACACGAAAUUACUUUCCUACUCAACAAGCUCAAAAUCGAUUGCAACACUUUUAGAAGCAUUAACAGAAGUAUGGUCGUUUCAAACUUUUCUUCAAUUUUUAGCCACAAACAAAGGUUAUUUGUCCCUAACACACAAGAUACUACGUAUAAAACCAUCAUUGGAGACAGUAUCCAGUUUUUACGCCUCCUCCAUCACGUCGAACAUCAACUUCCAAAGCACCCAAUUACUAUACAAUGCCGCUUUACAGUUCUUGACUAACCAGCUCCUACGAUCAACGCUUCUUACGAGAUUCCUAAAAAGAACUUCACAAAUCCCACACAAGAAACAAGGCGCAAAAGCCGUUUGUCCAAAUUGUGGUAAUUCCCCAGUAAUACCCUACACUUCGACAUGUUGCUCCACACCUUAUUGCUACAUCUGUAUGCUCAAAGCCAUAAAAGCGAACGAAUGCCCAAAUUGUUACUCACAAAAUAUACAGGGCGUUCCAUUUUACGCAAAACACAGAAGCUACCAAAGAUGUUCCGAAAAUAUAAAUUUUGAACUGAAAACAGCGGCGUGA